UGUCCGGUGUAUCUACCCACCUCCAUGGUAUCUUGCUUGAAAAUUUCUAGUGACUUUUAGGCCUGAGUUUUUCUCAUAACAAGACAUCUUGGAUAUCUAAGACCGACAUGAACAGCAGCAGUGUAACAUGAGAUAGUUGAGUCAUCCAGCCCUUUUUGAGGGUAUGGCCAAGCAUAUGUAAAUUGACGUCGAAUAUGGGCAGUGAUUUAGUUUGGUCUCGUCGAAGUUUGUACAGUCCGCUGCGCGUGGGGCCCGAUGUUUUGGUAUCGCGCGGUGUCUACUGAUAUGGCACACGGUGUGCAGACGUUCCACAGUGCACACACCGUGUGAGAUCUUGCCGUCAAAAACCUCGCAUUUCUCCUCUCUGUGGAACUCGUAUUUGACUGGGUGGCACAACUGGAUAUACCCAGUAGGAUUUGUGGACCCCGUGGAGGUAAUCCUGAGCCUGGACGUCCGGGAAAAUACUGCAAUUUGAGGACGUUUUGCGGAUAACUUUUCCCAGUGACUAGCGUUAGGCUUGUUGGAAAGUUGACGAAGUUGUGCACCGUAGAGACCAAACGAUACACCAGUUUACGCGUGCACAUAGCAAUUGGUACAGUGAUAAAACUAACUCCGUGCAGUUUGGAUACGUAACCCACUUGCCAAGACUUUUCCCGUGAACAAGUUCUUGAAGACUGGGAUGUAUCAUGAUGUCUUUGUCCUCGCCGUAUGCGGAUUCUGUGGAUGGAAUUUCACAAAAAAUGUAUGCAGGAAAGAGGCGUCGCAGGCCGGUCAAACGGAAUCCCACGCACACUGUUGUAGAGGUGAAAUCCAAUCCUAGCAAACGCCAUCGUGACCGUCUCAAUGCCGAGCUGGACCGCUUGGCCAGCUUGCUGCCGUUCGAUGCAGACACCAUCUCCAAGUUGGAUAAAUUAUCCAUUCUGAGGCUGAGCGUGAGCUACUUAAGGAGCAAGAGUUACUUCAAUGUUUCCAUUGGCAACAAGGAUUCGCCUAAUGGCGCCAUCACAGACGGCCACAAUGGUCACCAGAGAAUGCUCCCCUCUGUCGGUCAAACCAUGGAGAGUGUGGACUUUGACCAGCCAGACAGCAGCAGCAGCAGGAGCGGGCUCAACCUGGAAGGGGAGGCAGAAAUGCUGGUCCAUGCCAUGAAUGGGUUUCUGCUGGUGGUGCAGCAGGACGGACAGGUCAUGUUCGCCUCGCCUUCCAUCCAAGAAUACCUCGGCUUUCAAGAUGCGGACGUCAUGCACCAGAGCGUUUAUGAUCUCAUCCACAAGGACGACCGCAGCACCUUCCAGCAGCAGCUGAAGUAUGAGAGUUGCCAUGACUACCCAGAGGAUGUGGACAACCCAGACUCCCAGGCUGCGCUAGAGCGGAACUUCACAGCUCGGCUGCGUUGUCUUCUGGAUGAAUCAUCCGGUUUUCUGAACCUCCAGAUUACCGGUCGAUUGCGGCCCCUGUACGGCCAGCGCAUCCGUGGGGAGGACGGUGUGCCUGUGGAUGUCGACCCACCGGAGAUGGCGCUCUUUGCCAUAGUCUGCCCCAUGCAGCAGCCCUCCAUCAUGGAGAUCUACGUCCGCAACAUGAUCUUCCGAACCAAGCACCAGUUGAACUUCAAACCGAUCACCCUGGACAGCAAAGCGGAGGACAUCUUAGGCUACAAUGAAACAGAGUUCAAGUUGAUGGCUGGUUACCACUACGUGCACUAUGAGGACAUCAUCUACUGCUCAGAGAUGCACAGCUGUUUGGUGCGGAAAGGAGAGUCUGGCUUCAUUUACUUCCGUCUGCUGAGCAAAAGCUCCAAGUGGCUGUGGGUACAGGCCAAAGGUCGGGUCAUCUACAAGAGUGGCAAACCGGACUACCUUGUGUCGACACACCGGCCAAUGAGUGAUGAGGAAGGAGAGCAGCAUCUCAAUGCUCGGGGCGAGCCCUUCAAGUUUCCUUUCAGUGGCAAGGCUGAGUUAUAUGGCUGUAACCCCCCCUACCCGCCUAUACCAAUCCCAAAAGCUAUUCUUGAGGGACGAGCCAAAUUCCCAGCCGGCUUCCCACCAUUCGGCGGUGAAGGUCCUCCUCCAUUCCCUGCAGGAAGUAUGCCCCCUGGUUUUCCUCCCUUCCCCGGGGAUGGUCCCCCACCCGGUUUCCCUCCCUUUCCGGGAGAUGGACCGCCGAGGGGCUUCCCACCGCCUAAUGGUUUCCCGCCAGGCAGACCCCCGCCUGGCUUCGAGGGCGGCGUGCCCCAGAUGCCGGCCGGCGUGGAUCUCCCUGGGCUGUCCAGCCCCGCCUCACGACAGCUGGAGCGCCGACCCAAGCUGGUGGCCAGGAGGCAACUCACCAAGCCCUCCCACGGCACCCCACCUCCAAAUGUCACCGUCAACCCGGCCAGCGGAUCUUUCGACUUUAACCCAAUGUCCAGACUACCGUCCAUGGCGUCCUCGUCGGUGUCCCGGCCACCAGCGCAGGUAGCACAGUCGCACCCCACACAGGCCCAGCCAUCCCAACCGAUGACGCAGCGGGAGAUUCUGAAGCAGGAGUUGCGGAAAUUCACGCAGGCCUUCCAGAAAGUCAGCAUGAGGGAGGAGGCUAAUGCCAGGGCCAUGGCCGAAAGAGGUUCGGCAGCCAGAAACGACGUCCUGCAAACAACAGCAGUGACACAGCCCACCACCACCUCCACCGCUUUCCUCAGCAUGGCCAACACCCUGACUAACACGGCGGAUUGCCACUCAUCUGCUUAUCCACCAGUUACAAGUUCCCAUCCCCAGAGCUUCAACCCUGCAGACGCUGAUAACUCAGAACAGCUGGAUUUUGACACAGACUGGAUAGUUUUGAAGACAUCCCCUCAGUCGGUGGAUGAGGAUUUCAGUGAAAGCUGUGCCCUGGCAUUCACUGUGCCUCCUAGCAGCAGAUCAGGUGCUUCCUCAAAUCCCUAUCCCAAUCAACAGAGCAUUGCUAACACCAGUAAUCCUGUCUCUGACACUGCUUCCCCAUCCAGCUCCAAUGCGCCAAGAAGUACCACCACAACCGCCACACUCUCUCACCCUCCUGUCUCCAGUCAACAGGCUUCCCUCACCCACCCUCUCCAGACCAACCCUCUGGACUUGAUAGGCACUGACGAAGCAAUCCCCUCUUUCAGUGAUUCCCUUGCUCCCAUUACCAUUGACGAUCUCAUCCCCUCGCUUACUCCCUGUCAAAACCUUCCAACGGACUUGAGUGGUCUCUCAAACAGCAGUCUGGGAAGUGAACCCCAGACCGGCACGGUGAGGCCCAUGCAGCAGUCAGCCUUCCCCCAGGAGAGUCCCUCUCUGUCCACGUGUGCUUGGCAGCAGGUCCCUGCCCCCCACCCCAACCCCCAGGGGAUCAACUCCCCACGAGUGCCUCCCGCCCCUGCCCCCGAUCAAACCAAUGUCUUUGACUGCAGGCAGGACCCAAACACGGUGCUGGACUUCAGCAGCAUGAGCGAGGAGUCGUUGGGUCUGGACCGGCGUCAGGAGAGCAUGAGCACCACCUCUUCAUCCAGUCCAUGUAGCAGCAUCGACAACGACAGCACCCUCAGAACCAACUGGCCCACCGAGCAAAACGUCAGCAGCCCCCCUGACAUCAAGUACCCGUUAACCGACGAGCAAUUUCUGGCCUGUACAGCUUCCCUCGGCAAACAGAACAAUCUCCCUUCCAAUAUGAACGGCUUCUCUCAGCUUGGCAGUUUCACACCCACGAGCCCGUUGACCCAGCGCAACCCCAACCACCACACCCUCGCCAAACAGCAGUCGCCGCAGCAGCUUCCACAGUAUCACCAGCCCCACAACAUGAGCAGCCCGCGACAGGCCUAUGCACCCGACACCGACACCUUGAACCAGUUCAACAUGUCCCAGCAAGCGCUGAUCCAAGAGAGUCUCACAGAGCAGAACUUUGUCAAAUGUGAGCCGAUCCUCAAACCCAACCAGCAGCAACAACUUGACGGUACGUUGAUCAAUCAGCACAUACCCCAGUCUGCCUAUCCAGGAACUGUCAUCGAACCGUUAGAGAAUGGUUUCCCUGGUCAGGUGAACGGAUACGAUGCCUUUCCUGACACCAGUCAAGACCUUCUAACACCCAACGGAGACUUCAACACUGGCCUGAAUUCAAGCCCAGAGGCCUUCAUGGUGCAGCAAGAGUUUGAAAACAUGAGUGGGAACUAUCCAGACCCUUCACUGGCCUUCCAACAACAGGCACCCAACCUGCAGCAGCUGCAACAACAGCAGCGCCAGCAGCAACAACAGCAGCGACAACUGCUGCAGCGGCAACAGCAGCGACAACUGCUGCAGCGACAACAGCAGCGACAAUUGCUGCAGCGACAACAACAGCGACAAUUGCUGCAGCGACAACAACAGCGACAAUUGCUGCAGCGGCAACAACAGCAACAAUUGCUGCAGCGGCAACAGCAGUAUCAACUGUUGCAGCAACAGCAGCCGCUGAACUACGUGCCAGACUGCCUCGACGUGACAACCACCCCAGAGCAGCUGUACCUGAAAGGUGUGCCCUGAUCAAAAUAUCUUUAGGACAUUUGUUUUUUAAUCCCCUCUUUCGGAUGCAAUUAAAAAGACUGACAAACCUGAACCACUUAAAAAGUGAUAUGCAGCUCUCACCAAGCCUCUUUGUAUAUGGCCCGGAGAAUCCUUGGGACUCCUUGAGUGUUUGAAGGAUUGAGGGGUGGAUUUUUAAAUCAAACUCUCUGAACCUUGCUCAAACACUCAAGCUGGUUAAGCCUGGAGUGAGACAUUCAGUGCUAUAAAAAAUGGUUACGGACCUGUGGUUUCAGUUUAAAGAGCAGAGAGAAUGAGAAAUGAAGGAUUUGGAAUUUGAAUCAAUUUGUAAUUUUCGAAUUGUUUGUUGGAUGCUUUCUAGUGGGUGAAAGGCAUACAAAAAGUGGAGUGAGUUUUUCCCUCUUUUCCCUGACCCCUCCUGUCACUGAAACUUUAGAAUUGACUCUCUGUUUGUAAACUGGAAGAGAUCCGUUCUUGUCCUCCUAUCAUCAGCAUGGCUCCAUCAAAUACGGAACGAUCCAUGUUCUCACACCAGAGAAUGGGGCUUGCUUGUUCUAUUUGAUGAGAAAGUAUGUGAAAUUUUCUUGCAGUGGGCCCCGUCAUAAACCCAUCAAAUUCAAGAUGGAACUAAAAUCUGAUUAUAUUCAGCCCUUCAAAUAAACUGAUCACCUGCAUUGGUUUCCUAGGUUCAAUUUUACGGUGCCCUUUGCUCUUUUGGGGGGGGGGGUGUAUUAAUUCCCUUGGGGAAAAUUUCUGCCGAGGAACCUCUCUUUUAUCCGGGCAGAAAUUAGAAUGGUCAGAAAUUUAAAUUUCAUCGGGCUUGGGACAUAUUUGUUCUGUUGUUAAGACCAAAUUCUCCUGUAGGUGUUAACCGUGACAGUAUUAUACACAGAAAUAUUUUUGGUGUCCAAUAUUCGAAAAUGCGAUGAGGAAAGAAAGAAAAAAGAAAGGACAUUGUCAAAACGUACGCUUUGCGAUUUGACCAUUAUCAAGUGUUUCAAGCUUCAGCGUUAUACCAGACCAUCGCUGUUCACGGCAGCCAAAGGUUUCAUAGAUUAUUUCUGCAAAAAAGUUUGAAUGAGGCCAUCCACUGGUGACUAUGAUAAAGGCUUUAAAAAAUGCGAGAACUGUGAAGUGGAUUAUUGAAAUGAAAAUAUAAAUAUAUCAGACUUUUUUGAAAGCCCCAUCCCUUAAAGUGGACGGGCUAUAAUUUUGAUGCAUUUGUAUCAUAAAUUUAUUUUCGUGUACAAUUUAAGAAUUGUACCCCUAAAAAUAUUAUAAAUGAUGUUAGCAGCUGCACACAGAAAAAUCUGUGGGUUUUAACUACAUUGAGAAUUAAAAAGGAAAAAUUAAGUUAUGAACUAAUCUUGUUUAUAGGUCAGGAGACAUCUUAUAUUUGAACAGGAUGCAAGUUUUAAAGUGUAGGUCUUGUCUCUUCUUUUAAAACUUCUCAUUUUAUGCACUGGCUGGUAAGGGAAAAUUGUUUCUUCCAAUUUCGUGACAGCAUUGGCUCCAGAAAUUUUUAUGUGCUCCUCUUGUUUCGAUUUCUGAUAUGGAUUUUAAAAAGGUCCCCUUUUUUUGAAGUUUUAAGACGGAGUCUUUCAAAUCAAUUUUGAUUUUUUUUCCCAGACGUUGUUGCUCUAUAAGUAAUUAUGCUGGGUCUGCUUGAUUGGAUCCUAGAGGGCACACUUCAUGCGUCGCAACUUUGACCCAGACGUUGCCUCGGUGUAUUUUUAUUGCAUGUAUUAAUGGAGGUUUCAUUUUUCCCUUUAGAUAUUUUACUGUACAUACUUCCAAGUAAGUAAACAAGUUUUGAGUAUUAACAUAAAUAUGUAGAACAUUGUUGAAUGCCAUUUCCGCCCAAUCAUUGCUUACGUUGCAUGACAUGAUAAAAGUAAACGGUUCUCAAUUUAAUGUACAUAUUGAUUGUAAUUAACACAUUAAACAUGAUUAACCAAGAUUGUUUUGUUUUUUGUACAUUGUGUUUAUUAAUGGGAAAAGUUUUAAGUUACUUAAAACUGUUUCCCGAUUUAUCGGCCGAGUUAGAAUUUCAAGAAGAAGAGUUCUUGCAUGUCUCCAUGUACCUAACUACCUUGUUAUUUUCCAACAUAAUAUUGGACUAUUCAAUGAGAUUUACAGGCUACGUUUUAUCACAAGUGUAUCAAAAUAUUGCAACCCAUUUUGACGUUCAAUUUUUCUAUUAUGCAGUUUGACAACUUCAUUGUCUUUUUCAGCGAAGAUGUAAAGCAUCAGAUGUAAAAGAAGAAUCUUGAUGGGUUGAAAUAAUGGUUUCCAAUCCAAUUUUGACGGAAAAUAGGAAAGUAGUUCCGAAAGAAUUUACAGGGACAACUUAUCUGUAGAAACAAUGUGUGCGCCUUGAUUUGAAUCUCAUUAAAUUGUGUAUUUUUUUAAAUUACCUCAUAACUGGUAAAAUGGCCGACAAGUUUUGAAACAAUUCUUCCCAUUCACCCUGAAGAUCGAACUGGAAAGAUAUCUUUUUUUUUCUUUAAAAUUGCCGUUCGUUGCUCAGUCGGUUUUUUUGUUUAAAGUGUGGAUCAUAUUUGUUUGCAUUGUUGUUGUUCAUGGAUUACAAUUCAUCAUCGUUGGUGCUUUUUCGUCACACUUAAAUUUGUUUCACUCGACCAACUUCUUCUUCUUAUAUUUUUAAUUUUGUUUCGCUUGUGCCUGUUACUCUGUCCAAAAUCGCGCCAACGCUUGCAUCAAAUAUAUGCGCAUGUACUGUGACGGAAUUUUUGAUAGCUUAGUUCUCACAAUGCAUGCGUGCCCACUUCGCACGCAAAUGGAAGUUUGCGCCCUGGUCACUGGUGGAACAAAAUUCUCCCCGGAGAGAAAUUAACCCUAACACUCCGCAGUCCUCCAACAGGUGAAGGAUUGAGGAGGGUUAGGGUUAAUGAUUACCUCAGGACAGGGCGAUGGACGCAGGCAAAAUUGUUGGUGUUUACUAAUACCGUUUCAGUGUUUUCUUUAUUACGUACAAAGUCUAGUUUUCUGCGAGAUUCCUUUGUCUCCUGUGUGUUCUCAUGUUUGUGUACCAGAUACAUUUUUGUAUGUAAGCCGUUGCACUUUGCUUUCAAAAAAGAGAGGAGAAAAAGAGUGGAUUUUGAUAUCUUUAGAUUUUGUUCAGCGAUGGCAGCAUAUUUUCGUGAGGGGGGUGUAAAAGUAUGUCCACUAUAUCGACGAAUGUCAGAGAUCCACAGAGGCAGUUAAGCAUGAGCAUUUCCCUCUUUCCAGUCCUUUCCCUGCUACUGUCGUCUGCUUUUUAAUUUUCUUUCGAUUCCAUGACCGAUAAUCUCAUUGGCUGCCUUGACAAAAUCAGCGUUAGCGUGCAGCGCAUGCGUCCCUCGCGCGCAACGUCGUUGGCUCUUAAACAGCACUGUUUAACAUGCCGUGCUUCUCAUUGGUUUGUAGUUGUCGACACCAACCAAUCAACAUCGACAUUUGUAACUACGUGUGUGGUCUGCGCGCUCUCAUUUUGUUUGUAGUCACCUAGCUUUACACGCUGAAAGUUGGUUGUCACUUAUUUUAAGGUAAUAUCUGAACUCAAAUCACGGUUUUGGAGUGUAUUUGGACUUCAUUUCACAAACGCGUUGAGUAAUCUUGUCCUUACUGUACAUUUAGUUUGGAAAUUAAUGUUAUAUUGAAUGACGUCUGAAAAGAUAUUAACAAGAGUGUAUUAUAAUUGUAUUAAUAAAAAAAAUCUUGAAAUGAUUCAUUUGAA